CAAUGGGUCAUUUCCAAUUUUCAUUUUUGAUUCCCCCUGUCUCGAUUGUUCGCUGCCCUAGCUUCUUCCUCUUAUCUUCGUCUCAUCUCCUGGUUCCCCUUUCCUUCAACUCAAAUCAAACUCUCAAUUCUCUUCUCUUCACUCUCUUCCUCCUUCAAUCUCAAAUACUCAAUUGUGGAGGGCCUGGAGGCGGCGACGGUGGUGGAAGCAGCGGCUGUGACGGCAUUCCAUGUCUCUCAAAGGCUGCCUCAGGAAAUUAGGGCUAAACAAGUCUGCUACAUCUUGGGGAGCCUCCCACCUGCACCCAAAGAAAGAGCACAAUUCUAACCAAACACAAUUCAAAAUGGUACAAGAGAUUAAUAAAUGGGGAAUAGUCUCAUCACUUGCUUUGCAAAGAAAACAUAUAUGAGGAGAAAGGACAUAAAAGACUUUCUUUUUUGCAGCAUAUCACAGGCCUGGUUAAGUAAGUGAAUGGGUGCUUGAACCAGUGACAAUGGCAUUGAUAGCCUACCAGAUGCAGUGGAGAGAUCACAACUCACGCCUCUCCAAGGGCUGCUUAGUUCUUAUGCUACCUUUCCAUUGAGGCCUUUAUCAUGGACCAGAUGUAUGAAAUUGAAACCAGUAGCUCUUCAGUUGGUUGGGAAAUUGGAUAGGUGUGGUGCAUCAAAGCAGAACCUUUUUUUAAGCAUAGGUGCUCCUUGUAUGCUUGAACCAAGUAAAAGAAAUUUCAGGGUCAUAGCCUUCAAAGGCAGUGCCCAAAAUGAUGAAUCAGGAGAUAGAUCAGGUGGAUGCAAAUUCCCCAAGAACAAUGUUAAACUCUCCUAUGUACCACAUGAUGGUGAAGAAACACUGACAGAACCAGCAGACAGAGAGAAGGUAUAUACUUCAGAAGAUGGUCAAGAUUCGCUAGUGGGAUCCAUAGCCAUACAAAAACUAUUCAAGAAAUGGCUGAUGAUGUUGCGCACACAAUCAUUCAAUCAAGCACCAAAUGUGAUUUUUGAGGAGGGACUGCCACAAAGCGAGAUAUCAGAAAGUCAGAAUGGGAUCCAGAAAAGGGAAGCAUUUAAGAUUUUCAAGGCAGCAUGGUGUUACUUUAUGGGACUUGAUGCAAUAAUUAAGGUCCCUCUUGUGAUAUUCAUCCCUUGGUACCUGUCAGUUAAUGUAGUUUAUGGGCCUGAAGUUUCGAAGGAGUUAACCCCUCUUUGGGUCUUUGGGCCACUGGUCAUGGCUCUCUACAUCAAGAUGCUCCGAGGACUCUGUGCAUUGUAUGUUUUCACCUUCAAGCAGAUGGUGCAAGUUUUGAAGAACUUACCGACCUACUACAACUAUGUGGCCCAGGGCAAGCUCAAUGAUGACCUGCGAGCCUAUUUCUGGCAACCUGUGGUGGACAUUAAAAACCUGGACUACAAAGAAGCAUUUAGGAAGAAGCUGAAAGAGUUUGAAGCGUGGUUGGUGGAUAAGUACUUGGAUUUUGUGGAGUCAAUAUGGCCGUAUUAUUGCAGAACAAUCAGGUUUCUAAAAAGGGCCCAUCUCAUUUAAAUUCUGAGAUUGUUACGGCUAAGUGAGUCUUAAUUGAGCAAAAUGGGAGGAAUGGUUUUACUUUUACAGCCCCCAACCCCAAACAGUAAUCUUCCUUUGGAGUUUUGAGAAAAAAUGAGCCUGGUGAAAAUUGAGGCUGGCAAACUAAAAACCCAUUUGGAUUGGGGUAGUUUUCCUGGUAGGAUCUGAGGUAUAGUGGUCCAGCGGGUCUGUAAUUUAAAAUCAAUCCCGUUUUUUUUUUUUUCUCCCCACAUCAUUUGUUUUUCUCAACUGUAUUUUAUUUCAGGAUCCCUGUAUUUCAACGAGGUCUUAUAAUGGUAUGAGAAUGGAACGGUUCUGAAUGGC